AUGUCGACGUGGGGUGAACAUUUCCGUGUCACUACCUAUGGCGAGUCGCACUGCCGCUCCGUCGGCUGCAUCGUCGAUGGUUGCCCUCCAGGCAUGCAGCUCACCGAGAACGACAUCCAGCCACAGAUGACCCGCCGCCGUCCCGGACAGAGCGCCCUGACUACCCCGCGCGAUGAGAAGGACCGCGUCGAGAUUCAGUCAGGUACCGAAUUUGGAAUUACUCUGGGUACCCCAAUUGGCAUGAUGGUCCGUAAUGAGGACCAGCGGCCCAAGGACUACGGCGGUAGCACUAUGGACUUGUUCCCCCGCCCCAGCCAUGCCGACUUCACCUACCUCGAGAAAUACGGCGUCAAGGCUAGCAGUGGUGGUGGCCGUAGCAGUGCCCGUGAGACCAUUGGCCGUGUCGCUGCCGGCGCCAUUGCUGAGAAAUACCUCCGUCUGUCGCACAACGUCGAGAUCGUCUCCUUCGUCUCCUCAGUGGGCAACGAGCACCUCUUCCCCCCAACCCCCGAACACCCCACCGCCUCCACCGACCCCGAGUACCUGAAGCUCUUGGAGACCAUCGACCGCGAGACCGUCGACAAGUUCGCCCCGAUCCGCUGCCCCAAUGAAGAGGCCGGCGCACGCAUGACCAAGGUGAUCGAGAAGUUCCGUGACAGCCACGACAGCAUUGGAGGAACCGUCACAUGUGUGAUCCGCAACGUCCCCAUCGGCCUGGGUGAGCCCUGCUUCGACAAACUCGAGGCCAAGCUCGCACACGCCAUGCUCAGCAUCCCCGCCACCAAGGGCUUCGAGAUCGGCUCCGGCUUCGGCGGCUGCGAAGUUGCCGGCUCCAUCCACAACGACCCCUUCAUCGUGACCGUCUCCGAGGAUGGUACCCAGCGCCUCACCACCAAGACCAACAACUCCGGCGGUGUCCAGGGUGGUAUUUCCAACGGCGCGAACAUCUACUUCCGCGUCGCUUUCAAGCCUGCCGCUACUAUCGGCCAGGCCCAGAACACUGCUACCUACGACUUCGAGGAGGGCAUCCUGGAGGCCAAGGGUCGCCACGACCCUUGCGUUGUGCCCCGCGCUGUCCCCAUUGUUGAGGCCAUGUCCGCACUUGUCAUUAUGGAUGCCCUCAUGGCUCAGUACGCCCGUGAGAGCGCGAAGAACCUGCUCCCGCCGCUGCCCGCUACCAUGCCCACCAAGCCGACUACUGCGCCGAAUGGUGCAUGA